CUCCAGUCACAGCACCAUGAACCAAAGAGCUGUUCUCAUUUUCUGCCUCAUCCUUCUGACUCUGAGUGGAACUAAAGGAAUACCUAUCAAUAGAACUAUACGCUGUAGCUGCAUCAAUAUUAGUCAUCAAUCUGUUAAUCCAAGGUCCUUAAAAAAACUUGAAAUGAUCCCUGCAAGUCCAUCUUGUCCACAUGUUGAGAUCAUUGCCACAAUGAAAAAGAAUGGGGAGAAAAUAUGUCUGGAUCCAGAGUCUAAGAUCAUCAAGAAUAUACUGAAAGCAAUUAACAAGAAAAGGUCUAAAAGAUCUCAAACACAGAGAGAAGCAUAAUCACUGCACUACUGAUAAGGAUGGACCAUCAGUUCCUUACAUACAGUAUAUGUCAAGCCCAAAUUGUCCCUGGAUUGCAGUUCUCCUAAAAGGUGAUGAACCAGUCACCAAAUUAGGUGCUAUUAUUCCUGCAGGGAGGUGGAUGGUUCAUCAUCCUGAGCUAUUCAGUAGUAACUUUGCCAUGGUACUAUAUUAUAAGCUAUGCUUAGGUGCCACAUUCUUAGUGAAUGUGCCAAAUCCUAGCCCUGCUUUCUUCACCUUUGGUACCUUUUAAAUGUUAUUAAGGGAUCUUUCUGCCUCUGGGCUUACCAAAGUUCUUAGAAUCUCAAAUAACUAAGAAGAAUGCAAUCGAAAUGAUAAUUCAAUAUGCUUUUUAAUGAAAGAUCUUUACUCCCUGGGCUUCUACUGCCAUCCUUCAAAGGGGCUCAGAUUCUUCUGGUGGUUUUAUGCUCGUGUGUGUGUGUAUGUGUGUGUGUGUGUGUGUGUGUGUGUG